AGAUGAACAUUGAGCCUUUACAUCAAACACAUGCAUGUGUUUUUGAUUUAUGUGGUCUGUGCUUUUAUGUUUCUAACCGGAUUACAAGUGGAGCAGAGUUGAUGAAUGUUGAGUUACAUGAACAAAUACGAAUAUAUACUUAAGAUACUUAAAUAAAACUCUUAGCAAGUGUGGGAGUAAAACAAAAAAUGCCUUUUUAUUUGAAUAUUGCAGAUAUAUAUUCUGUGACAGAGAGAGAGAGAGAGAGAGCGCGAGAGAGCGCAAAAAGGAGGACGCGGAACUCACCAAACCCCCCUGUCUCUUGUCGGAUUGUUGUUCCGGACGGAACGCAAUGCAACCGUUGACGCACAAAGAUCGCCUGUGUAACAUCCGUCUCUUGAAACUUAACAAACGUUAAAAUAUUGAGUUUGGCUUUGGCCGAACGACGGACAUUAUUUUGUCUCAGUGUAAUGUGAGUGCAGUGAGCACACAUGAUGGACGGAGGUGUUUCUGGUCCCUCUCUUCCGCUCUCCACUCUGCGCCUCCUAAUCCCACCAAUUCGGCUGGUCUCUGCAGCCAUCUGGCAGACAGUGGAGCAGAAAAUUGUGUCGGAUUAUGGGAUGCUUGAGGAGUUUGUAUUUAUGGUUACGGAGAUGGUCCCUCAACUUCUCACCACAAGGCAGCGUGCCGAACUCAUUCUGGGUCUCAGAGCACGGCUGAUCCUGGAGCUGUGUCGCUCCGAGGACACGGCUGACCCCCAGAUUAUUCAGCCGCAUCUUGACCGAAUGCAGAGCCUCAGGUCUCUGUGGAAUGUGGAGACUGAUCAUGCAGAACAAGAUGUAUCUGACUCACAUUUCAUGGGCCUUGUCCAAAAUCUGCUGAGAGAUCCUGAGGAGAGAAGAAACUUCUUCCAGGAUGUUUUCCCAGGAGACUUUGGCCCCACAUAUGACAAAGCAAUCCAGACACUGAUGUGGCUGUUUCUUUCCAGACUUGAAAAGCUUCUUCCCACCCAGACGCUCCAACAGAUUGCAUCUCUGCUCAGCGACGCCUCUUCUGUUCUGAAUGAAUGCAUGGAGACUUUCGCUCAACCUCAGGAGCUCAAAACCUUGCUGGACUCUCAGAAAGACCUCGGCCAAUUAGAGGACAUCGAUUCUUACAUAGUUGACAGUGGCAUCUUGUCAGCCCUGUGUCUGCCGCCUGUGGAGAGAGUUGUGAUUGUCAAUGAACAAACAGAAACGGAUACAGUGAGUGGACUCAUGUAUACAGUGUGCAACGAGAUGGAGGUGGAAUCUGAGAACAAAGAGGUGUACAUGGAGGGAACUGGGACCUCUGAGUGUGUGCAAACCCAGUGGUUUGGUCUCAGCAGCGAGGUGAAAGCAGAAAUGGACUCUGUGGUGGUUACGGAUACUGUGGAAGGAACUGAGGCCAGUGAGAGUGAAAUGGCAGACGAGCACAAUGACGACCAAUCUGGAACACUGAUCAUCGGGGAGGAUGGCCAGGUGACGGUGCUGGACAGCGUGGAGAAAAAGCCAAAUAAACGUGGGAGGAAAAAGAAACGUCCCGAAGAUGAGGACUUUGAAGUGCAAAGUAAAACGAGGGGAAAACAAGACGAUCCAGAAUUUGAAGUUUCGUGGGAAAGACCCGUUCGAAAGAACCGUGGACUCAAGAUGAAACGGUACCUGUCACAGUGGAGGAAAUCGUCAAAGACCGAGGACAGCAAUGAAACUAACAGUAGCCCUAAAGGGUUAGCCAAAAGCAAUGAUUUGGACGAGAGAACAUGCAAAGUGUGCGGGAAGGUGGUGAGUCGUGCCAAGUUCUUAGAGCGUCACAUGAACCGACACUCGGAGGAGCUGCCCUAUUCUUGUUCUGUGUGUAAAAGGUUUUAUAAGAGCUUGCGUUACUUGCAGCAACAUAGAUGUCCAAGUCAGACAAAAGCAAAGAUGGGCAGGCAAGCAAAGGAAGAAGAGACUGCAGCAGAUGAGGGUGAACAAUCCAGUGGGGUUCCUUGUGAGGCAGACAAUGAAGAGCAGCCAUCAGACAACACGGGACAAAUGGAACAGAAAUGCCCCGAAGGAAACAAAAGUGUGCUAGAAGGUCCGUUCUACUGUCCUCACUGCAGCGUUGAGUUUAAGUGUAAACAAACUUUUAGGUUCCACUUAAGAAACAUUUGCUACAAUGAGCAACAGGUGGAUCCUGAGCAGCCUGAGGAUGUUAAGCAUUGUUUCAGGUGUGAUGAGUGUGACAAGGCAUUCAAGUACAAAUCAACAUUGGAUUCCCACAAACAAACUCACAACCCACUCUACUGCGAGGUGUGCAUGAAACUGGUACGUGACUCCGAGGCAUUGGCUAUGCACAAAGAAUCCCACACUCCAUUUCAGUGUAACCAGUGUGAGGAGAAUUUCCCUGUGUUCAAGGCCCUACAUAAGCACUACAUCGACGUCCAUAAUCCCACUGAGCCUUUUACCUGCACCCACUGUCAGACAACCUUUGCUAGUUUGAAGCGUUUCAUCAGACAUGAGUGGAAACACACUGGUUACCAACCAUUUCAGUGCCCUCAUUGCAGCAAGAGAUUCAGGUCGUACUCCGACCUUGUUGAGCACCAGAAAAAGCACACUAAAGCGUAUCCAUUCCUCUGCUGGGAGUGUGGCAAGAAAUUCAGGCACGGCGUUACAUUGACGAGGCAUGUGGAGCGUGUGCAUCACUCCGGCGAACCUGUAACCGAGAAACCUACGCCAACCUUCACCUGCGCUCAGUGCGGGAAGACCUUCACUUCCAGAAGAUGCCUUCUGAAACACGACAAUUUUCAUCACAAAGGGCUGCGGUUCCCCUGUGAGCACUGUGGAAAGGGAUUCUUUGGCAAGGACGCCCUGGUGAGGCAUACUUUGAUUCACACAGGUGAAAGGCCUUUCAAGUGCGACGACUGCGAUAAGUCUUUCAGAUCGGCUGCAGAAUUAAAGAUACACAGAAGAUACCAUACUGGGGAACGACCAUUUAAGUGCAACGUCUGUGAGAAAGGUUUUGUCCAGUCUUGCUUUCUUACACUACACAUGCGAACCCAUACAGGAGAGAGACCAUAUGUGUGCACAGUAUGUAGCAAAGGCUUUUCAAGCUUGCAUGGCUUAAAACGACAUAGGAGACUUGUUCAUGCUUAGUUAAUAUUAACAUAUUACUAAAUCAAACUGGGAUGUUCUGUUUAAUGUUCCCUUAUUGAAGGAGGUCAGAAGUCAGCAUCAAAUGUAGACCAAAUCUUGAGGAACUGUGAAAGGAUUUGACCUUGCUCAAGGGAACUUUGGGAAUUAAAACCAGGUUUUCCAGUUGAAGGACAUUUGAAUUAAAACUUCAGCCACAUUGCGUUCUCAUUGGCUCUCACAGAGAGGAUUGUUUGGAGAAGUGUAUUUGUAUAGUGCAUUAUAAAAAUGUAACUUUGUAUUUUUUACAGAAAUGUUUGCUGUAGUUCUACAUAAAAUUUGUAUGUACAAAUGAUAUAAUCCUUUAUUCCUUCGGGAAUUUAUUUCUUUUUGUUGAAUAAAUCAAAAGUUUGAUUCCAAGUGUCA